GUUGUGAAUUUUAUAGGUCAAUGGAAUUUUAUAACCUUUAUAGGCUCAUAACCUUAACUAUUUAAAUAAGAAAAUGAUGAAGAAAUAUGAAUUCAUUACAAGUAAAUGUUGAAUUCGGAGGGGGAGCUGAACUUCUGUUUGAUAAUAAAAAGACCGUUACAAUUAGCCUUCCUGAAAAGAAGGAGAAAUGGACAAUUGAGCACUUAUUAAUUUGGAUAAAAGAUAAUCUUCUUAAAGAAAGACAGGAAAUGUUCCUACAGGGUAAUUCUGUUCGUCCUGGUAUUUUAGUGUUGGUUAAUGAUACUGAUUGGGAAUUAAUGAAUACAAUAAACUAUAUUAUUCAACCAAAUGACAGAAUUCUUUUUAUAUCAACAUUACAUGGAGGAUAAAUAAGAUUAAAAAAAAUUGUUUUAUAAACUUAUUUAAAUGGCAUUUUUUUUCAGUAACAAAAUCAAAUCACUUUUUAUUUGCUUGAAGUUUGUUUUUACAGAAUGUUAUUAUUUAUUGUAUUACUAUUACAGUGAAUUUUUCAAUACUAUUUGUUUUUAAACAGUAAAUUUCAA